CUCAUCCACCCAUCACCAAAUCCACCCAGUACAACCCACCUCCUCCACCGCGCGACAGAGAGGCUGUAGGCUGCUGCUGUAUUCGUCUGCUGGGGCCGGCUGCAAGUCUUCUCCUGCUCCACUUCUUCAACUGGAUUUACGGCUAAAUUCAACGUUAUCAUCUGUUUUAACACUUUUUUUCUCCUUGUUUGCUGCGGAGAAUUAACACUUUUUUUUAGACAUCCUUUCCCAUCUAGUGCGAUUUCCACUCUCAGUUAGUGUGGCAAUUUCUUGUUGCGCUUUUAGCAAAUUCAGGAGAGAAACUUUUUUUUUUUUGCUGGCUUCAAUUUCAGUUAUUCCGGGCUUUUGUUUUUUUUUCGUUUUUGGACUUGGAAAAACAAUUACCACCAUGCACAAGCUGUAUAUUGGGAAUCUAGGCGACAGCGUGACUGCUGAAGACUUGGGGAAAACCUUUGACGAACACAAGAUCCAGUACUCCGGACAGUUUCUCAUGAAAACUGGCUAUGCUUUUGUGGAUUGUCCGGACGACCAGUGGGCCAUGAAGGCUAUCGAGACGUUUUCCGGUAAAGUGGAACUUCAAGGGAAACGUAUUGAGGUCGAGCACUCCGUCCCCAAGAAGCAAAGGACCAGGAAACUGCAGAUCAGAAACAUUCCACCUCACCUGCAGUGGGAGGUGCUGGACGGUCUGUUGGCUCAGUGUGGAACCGUAGAGAACUGUGAACAAGUGAACACAGACAGUGAGACUGCAGUGGUUAACGUCACGUAUGCAUCCAGGGAGCACGCCAGGCAAGCCAUCCAGAAGCUGAACUUGUACCAGUUUGAAAACAACGCCCUGCGCGUCUGCUACAUCCCCGACGAGAACUCCGAGCAGGAGGGGAGCCAGCGGGGGCCCGACCACGGCCGGCGUGGCUACGGGCCCCGGGGUGGGCCCCGUGGCGGCUCCCCGAACUCGGGCAUGCCCCCAAAGCCGCCGCACGCCGACAUCCCCCUGCGGCUGCUGGUGCCCACGCAGUACGUCGGAGCCAUCAUCGGCAAGGAGGGCGCCACCAUCCGCAACAUCACCAAGCAGACGCAGAGCAAGAUCGACGUGCACCGCAAGGAGAAUGCAGGUGCUGCUGAGAAGCCGAUCAGCAUCCACUCAACACCCGAGGGCUGCUCCUCUGCCUGUCGCAUGAUCAUGGACAUCAUGCAGCAGGAAGCCAAAGACACCAAGACUGCUGAUGAGGUUCCUCUGAAGAUUCUGGCUCACAACAACUUUGUCGGACGCCUGAUCGGGAAGGAAGGACGCAACCUGAAAAAAGUCGAACAGGACACGGACACCAAGAUCACCAUCUCCCCUCUUCAGGACCUGACACUGUACAAUCCAGAGAGGACCAUCACAGUCAAAGGCUCUAUCGAAGCCUGCGCCAACGCCGAGGGGGAGGUCAUGAAGAAGGUCAGAGAGGCCUACGAGAACGACAUCGCCGCCAUGAAUCAACAGACCCACCUGAUCCCUGGGCUCAACCUGGGUGCUCUGGGCCUCUUCCCUUCCUCCUCCAAUAUGCCUCCACCCCCGCCUGGAAACGCGUCCGGCAGCGCCCCCUACGGUUGCUUCGGUGCUCCGGAGCAGGAGACGGUCCACGUUUACAUCCCAGCCCAGGCAGUGGGAGCCAUCAUCGGGAAGAAGGGACAGCACAUCAAGCAGCUGAGCCGCUUCGCCGGGGCCUCCAUCAAGAUCGCCCCAGCUGAAGCUCCAGACUCCAAAAUGCGGAUGGUGGUUGUGACAGGACCCCCAGAGGCUCAGUUUAAGGCUCAGGGCAGAAUCUACGGCAAACUGAAGGAGGAGAACUUCUUCGGGCCGAAGGAGGAGGUCAAACUGGAGACCCACAUCAAGAUGGCCGCCGCUGCAGCAGGAAGGGUCAUCGGCAAGGGGGGCAAGACGGUGAAUGAGCUUCAGAACCUGACAGCGGCUGAGGUGGUGGUCCCCAGGGAACAGACACCUGAUGAAAAUGACCAGGUCAUUGUGAAGAUCAAUGGACAUUUCUACGCCAGCCAGUUGGCUCAGAGGAAGAUCCGGGACAUCCUGACCCAGGUCAAACAGCCACAGAAAGGCGGGAUGGGCUCGGGCCCCAGCCCUAACCCCCAGGGCUUCACAGAAAUGGGCAGCCCCACGCAGGGAGUGACUCAGGACCACCAGCCGCGCAGGAAGUGAGGAUCCCCCUGCCAUCCUCCUCACAUGCCGUGGGGCCCCCCACCGCCUGACGGAGAGACAGACAGACAGACAGA